CCUCGUCAUACUGAACAAUUUUGCUAGUCACUUUUGUUUGUAUUUAUUGUAAUUCGCAAAACAAUUAGAUUGAGUAUAAAAUUACUAACACAAUAGCGUUUUUUCUUUCUUUACGUAGGACGACUGUCCGGUCUGCAAAGUUCUCGGGAUGAUUUUCAAGAGCCAUUCGAUGACUCAUCAGGAAGACAGUCGCGACGAAUGGAGUGUGAACGGACUUCUCGGUGUCAAAAAAGUAGAACUUCGACACGACUAAGAAACGAAUUAUCACAAACUAGAGAAUGUAAGAACAACGAAACCGUUGCCACUUUCCUCAUUUCUACAGUGUAACAGUAUUGAGACUUUGACCUGACUGAUUAACAAUUAUUCCUUGAGCCCGAAUGGGCUCUGAGUCAAUAACCCCUGAGGCCGAAAGCUAUUGACUCAGAGGCCAUGAGAGUGAGAGGAAUAAUUGUUUUAGUAAAAUCCAACUAGUUGGUAAAAAAUAUCGAGACAAAACAACUUUGAGUAGCAAAACGCGAUUCAGCCGCCAUUGUUUCGGUUUUCAAAGCCGGCGCUUUUCGCUACAAGUGGGCUAUAACAUAUAGCCUAGUAGUAGCUCAACCAAUCAGAACGCAGCAUUGAUAAUAGACCACUAGUUGGAUUUUACUAACAUUUUUUAUCCGUCUUUAGUUCUCAAAAAGUGCAAUGUUUGUGAUCUAUGAAUAUAUGAAAUCACUGAAUUUUUAAUUAAGAAGAACUUCAUGCCACGAACGGUUUCCUUAGUUUUUCUUCCCGGGUUUGUUCUGCAGAUAACCUCGUACUAAGCACACUUCGCUUCGCAGGCAUCCGUUGCCAUUAAUGCGAGGUGGUGUCCACUUAAAUUUUAAGUCCAUUUUCAAUAGUUAUAUUUCUUCCAAGCUAAUAAAACAACAUUGUGUGAUUCCUCGUUAUCUUUACAUUUUCGUUUAACGUUCUUCUGUUGUUUUUGGUUUCAGAUCAUUUCAGGUAUGAGGGAGACUUCGAUACUAAAGGUGUCAUUCACUACCUCGGUUUCAAUGCCGGAGUCAGUAUCUGGCUGAAUCCUGCUCGGGUACCGUCUUCCGGAGUGAAAGUGACCUACUGCGAUGGUAAUGGUCGUGGAGACCCUGAAAAUAUCUUGGAAUAUUUCACUCCCGGCAACAGUUCCACACGAUCGGGAUGGUGUCUGGACUUGGGAGAUUACUACACGCUGCGGCCCACCGACUACACUGUGAGGCAGCUCGGAAGCAAUGACAGAAACUUUCUACAAAACUUUGAGCUCCUUGGUAGGCUUUGUAAUGACGAUGAUUGGUGUGUGCUGGGCAGGCAUCAUCAAGUUGAUUGGAGGUCGCAGCGUUUUUCACACAUGUUGUCAGGAAAUAAAGACUUGUCAUAUAAAACAAAAACGUGGUCUGUUAAAGGGGAAGUAAGAGCGUAUAGUCAGUUCAAGAUAGUCCAGAUAAAAGACAUGUCGACCAGUGUGCCAGGCACGCAUGCUAUGUCCCUUGCUGGUAUCGAGUUAUAUGGAGUACUCAGUGUGCCAUUUUUUGAGUAG